GAAAGAGGCCUAUGUGACCAAGGAAUCGUCCCCGAUCUCCUAGGUAUAAUCACCCAAGUCAACCCCAAUCAUCCUACAUGGGCACCGCACCUCAAGCCUUUCCUAGAGGACAAGCAAUCCCCAAAUGCCAUUCUCAUGGAAUACAUCCCCAACCUCCACCAAAUAGACCUUAGCAACUACACCAAAGACCGGGGUGUGGCUCUUCAGGAAGUCUUACACAAGAUACAUAGUGUGCAUGUAUGCCAGGGUGAUCCGUAUCCUCGGAAUAUGAUGGUUCAGGAAGAAACGGGUCGGGUGCUUUGGAUUGAUUGA